GCUAUUAACGCCAAGAGGGUUUGAAAACUGAAGCUGUUAACUACAUAAUGCAACAUGUAAUCAGUUAAAAUAAUAAUGACGAAUAAUGGAAUAUAGAUCUUCGAAAUGCAAAACACUAAUCUGCCACCAUUAGGAUAUGAUAAUAUCUAGGAAAUUGCGAGUGAAGUGAAAGUAGUUUGUAAUAGGACAGUCUGAGCUAAGGGAAAUUUUUAUAAAAUUUUAAAUAAGAAUCUGCGUGAAUUCAGUAUAGAGGUUUCCGUAGUUAAAAUUAAUUAUAUAGAAAAAUAAUUAAAUUGAAUUGUACUAGAACUCUAUUUGAUAGUUAAUAUUAUAUAAUCUAAAUUUUUUUAUGUAAUUUAAUGUUGUUUACGUUUCAUACGUCACAAUUUAUACAGAUUUAAUGAAUGGGAGUAUUCACAAAAAUUUUAAUCAUUCUCAAAACUAUUGAACAAAACACAGAAAAUGUAUGUUUAUUGAGAUUAAUUUCUCGCCAUUAUAACUUCAAUGAAAGAUACACAUUUUCUUAUGCUUAAGCAUUCAUUAUGCUAUUUACCUGCUUUUGCUGUAAUUUUGCUUUCGCUAAAAUCGAUCUUUUCCCAUUAGAUAUUUUUGUCAGUAUUUUUUAAAAUAAAAUUUGUUAGACAUAUACACACUUGUAUAUGUAAUCGAAUCUUGCUGCCAAAACAAAAUGUCUAAAUUAGAUUUGGAAUAUUUAAACUUGUGAAAAUAUAUCAAACAUUUCGUUGCCUUGUUUUCGAAUCCCACUCAGUAAGGGAAUCUAUUUCUCCACUAUCUACCAAAAUUGCAUAUCGUUUUAUCGAAAUAAAAUAAGUGUUGAAAAUUGAACACGUAAUGAGUUGCUUCCCACGUCCAUCGGAAUGUUGCUGCUGUUCAUCUUGUUCGCCCUGUUGCAAUUAUAUGGGUGAUUGCUGCAAUAUCCGUCGAAAUCGGUCCUGUAUUGAUUGUUUUCCAACGCGGAUGAUUCCGGAUGUACAAGUUCCUCCCAAAAAAACUAAGUCUAGAAGUUCUCCAAUUAAGUCUUCCAUGACUAAAAAUAAUAAUAAUAAACGUACGUCCCAAAUUAAAAACGGAAAGCGUUUAAAUGUACCAGCCGAAAGCGAACCCAGUAUGGAAACUAAAAAUCCUAAGCAGACAAAGAAUAAGCAAAACUUUCAAUACCAGGACCUCAAGAAGCGUAUGGAGGUAAUAAGUGAGGAAGCAGAACAAGAUUCGGAUGAAGAACCAUUUAGCAGCAAAAAUAUUCAGAAUUCAUGUGCCGACUUUCUCAGUAUUGUACAUGACACGGUAUUGGAAACAGUUCAGAGUUCUGUUGAAUGCAUGAUGCGAAAUUAUUUUGUCCAUACAAUGGAAAAGGUCGAAACGUUGUGUUCGCAGAUGAUGAGAAAUGAAUGUUUACUAAGCAAAAUGUACUUGGAUAUUUUAGACAAAAUAUCACAGCAAAGCGAGAAAAGUUUACGACAGUUUAAAUGUUUGUGUCAAUUUAUUGCCGAGACUCAGAGAGAAGUUAGCGAAGAUCGUACACAGAAUCAGAGAUGCAAUUGUCCUAAUUGCACGGGAACGGAAGAAUCUUUUAUAUCACUGGCUAAAGAAAGGGCUUUGUCGAAAGGACGCCGCCUCUCUGGAAGCGGCAAUAGUAACGUUAACUUCAAUGUUUAUAAGAGUGAGUUAAAUGCAACGAACUAUCGUGACCCCGACAACGAGGUAAAACCUAAAACAUCGCUGACAAGCUGCACAAAUUUAGCACAGUCUAAGCCUAAACUACUUGAAAAGCCACCAGGUAAUAUUAGUAGCCUGAGUAAUGAGGCAAUUCGGCGAAAUAUUAGACGGUUGAAUGAAUCUGACCACUUUGAGUUUUCCAAUAAUCGCAGAAUUCCUGAGCCCCCUAGGGUCGAUGACAGUUUUAAAAUGGAACAGUAUGAGAAUCGAAUAGAAGGUGGCAAAUACGUUAGUGUGAAAACAGGGCCAAGUGAAACAAACAUGCCGGAAGUAAAACUGUAAUGACAGCUAUUUUAUCCUUUGCCGUAUUUUGUGACCAGUAAUAUUUAACUGUGCAUUAAAAGUGGCGAUUUGACGUUUUUAUUACGAAUAUUUCGAUGAGCCUUGUACGAGUAUGUACAUAUACAGACGAGUGUAUUUAAAUCAUUCUCCAGCCGUUGUCGUACGGUAAAAGGCAGAGACUUCUCCUCUAAUUUGCAUAUACCAGUAGAUGUAUGUGUUGGAGCAGAAGUUUUCGCUUUUUAACUUAUCAUAAUUUUGAUUCUUCCAAAUUUAACGAAAGUUUAAAUCCUCUAAUAUAUUAUAUUCAGAUAUCGAGCCCGAAACAAAAAACAUUUAUUUUCUUGGAUGCGUAUUGCGUGAAGUAUACAAGGUAAAAUUGCAUAGAACCAAUAACUAGGAUGAUAAUGGUUCAUUCUGUUUCUUACAAAAGAGUUUUGCGACUACUUAUGCGCAAUUGUUUACAGUUAUACCAAACACCGAUAUGUCUAGUUAUAAAUAUGUUAUAAUAUUUAUAUUUAUGGUAUUUGAAUCAUUUACCACCUUUUGCAAGGUGUUUAAAUGCCUAUUCAUCCAUAUGUUAAUCAUCAUUACAUAUGCGCAGAAUUGUUGGAAAAGUGAACUCUGGUACAGGAUUUAUUGUAGUAAAACGGGUAUUGUGAAAAACUCAAAUAUUUACGUACAUUUUUUUAUAAGAGCUCUAAUAGUUUAUGAAAUGUGACAUUUAAACAUAUUAGUAGGUUGGCCUCUGCAAUUAAAAAAAAUACAAAUAAAGGUAGUCCUCAUCUUUUAGACCUAUGUAAGAGCCGAAUUUGAGCUCAAUUGGAUACAGAGGUAAAUAUAGAACUUAAUUAUUUUUUUGUUUAAAGAUCACCUCCGUUUUAUUGACUCACAGUGGAAUUUAGUCGACUUUAGUAAUUGGAGGUGUUUUCAAAUAUUGUAAGAAGAAUUUGAACUAAAAAUUCAGUGUGUUUAAAUAAAAGCAGACUUCUAAUUGUUCUAAAUGUACCAUAUAACCGAGCAAUUAACUCAUUACACAAUUAGAUUUUGAAUAACAAUAAAAUUGUGUAAAGGACUCUGUGAAGUAUGUCCAACGAGAGUAGAAAAACAUAUACAUAUAUUUAAUCGCAAAUCAAAAUGAAUAAAAUACACUCAGUCUUUUUUUUACGCGAUUGUUGGUUCUGCCACUAAUCGCGUAAAAAAAAAUCGCGUAAAAAUGGUUAGUUUUCCAAUAUUAACUGACGAAUUGGUUCCGAAUAUAAAAAAUAUCGCGUAUAACAAAAUAUACGCGCAAAAAAAUAUUCAAAAACAAUACAAUAAGUUUCAAAUUUCAGACUUAUGAUUUAUUCAUUCAUAACAAAAUAAAAAAUACAAAACAAAAACCAUAUAUAAAAGAGAACAAAAUAGAAAAUAGGUAGAUUUAUUGAAAACACCGUUGAAUGCUGUUUAAUCACUGUCAUUAUCCGUAGUGGAAAUUAUUCUUAGCCGCUUAUUUUGAUGGCCGGCACUGAUAUCACUAGAAUUUGUACCAGAAUCAAUAGUAAGAACUAUGGAUUGAUGUUCUGAUUGACUAAGCAUCUCCGACUGAGUUUGCACCAUAAAUUCAGUUAAUUUUGUUUGAAUGCUUCUUUUUGGACCCAAUAAAUUCCGAUGUAGUUCUUUAUAUCUUAACAUGCAGAGACUCAAUUCUUUUUGAAAAAUUC